AUGCCAUACCCAUUGUUACAACUUUUUAGUAAAAAGGCCAAGACAAAAAAGCCUCAUACAACUCCGAAAGAAAGAGUCCAAAUUCUUCUUUCUCUUCAAAAUGGACAUACUACAAGGCAAAUAGCAAAGUCAACAAAUAUUAGCCCCUCAACAGUUUCUCGUAUUAAUAAAAGAUGGUGUGAACAACACUCCCUCAAAGUUGCACCAAAACCAGGUCGACCAUCUACUAUAAAUGAAACAAUAAAAAAUAAAAUUGUCAAUCUCAUCACUUCGCGAAGGUGCUCAUCUGCUCCAGAGGCCCAAAAAUGUAUAGAAGAAAAAGAAAAUAUUAGUAUUUCGUCACCUACUAUUCGUCGUAUACUUCAUGCAAAUGGUUUAGUAUCAAGAAUUAAAAGAAAAAAACCCUACCUCAGCAGUAAACACCGAAAGCGUCGGUUAGAAUUUGCAAAAGAACAUGAACAUUGGACUAUUGAAGACUGGUCAAAGAUUAUAUGGUCCGAUGAGUCUAAGUUUAAGGUUUUUGGAUCAGAUGGGAAGCAAUAUUAUUGGAAACGUCCAGAGGAACCAUUAAACCAUUUCCAUGUUAAACCUACAGUGAAGUUUGGGGGCGGGUCGGUGAUGAUAUGGGGCUGUUUUACAUCUCGGGGUGUUGGUGGCUUUUGUAGGAUUGAUGGCAUUAUGGAUGCUAAAUUGCAUCUCCCUGGGCAAAUUUCCGGCAAAGAGGAUUUAUGGAAUAAGAUACAACAGGUUUGGUUUGAAAUUGGUGUUGAAACUUGUACCAACCUAAUCCAUUCUAUGCCAGAACGAAUCCAUGAUGUUAUCAAGGCACGAGGUGGUUAUACAAGGUGGUAG